UCGGUUAUAAAACGUUUAUUAAACGGAAGCAAACGAAACGGGGAGGGGCCUACCUGACUUUUGUCGAAUAGAAACAACCGUUUUUGCUCUGUUUGCUUCAGUUUGUUUAUUAAUUGAUAAACGGUUUCCGUGAUGAAUACACCCCCCUUUGAAUGUAGCUAGAUAACGUAACUGUCAAUAACACUGCCCAGUUUGCCAAAAACAUUUUAAAGGCUAAAUUAAUCGAAAGCAUCGUUAAAUCUCCGAGCUGUUUCACAAAACCAUCGUUAUUGUACUACAAAAUGCUCGUAAUCUAGCGCCUGUCUCAGGCCAUUCGUAGAACAGCUAAAUGCGUUAGAUGUUAUGUUUCACUAUAUUGGGUUACAUCCGAGGUGAGAAUUUACAGAUUUACAGCGUACACCUGUGUCCGACCCCAUGGCCGUGACACACGUUCUCUUUAAUUUUCUCGGCGGACGUCCGUAUGUUUUGAGGUAGAAACUUUCAGAAUUUCGUAUGCUCCCGUCUUGUAAUGAUGCCUGCACGCAGCACUGUUGCUGCUGGUGGGGUAUCCAGUAACAAAGUUAAGUACUCAAGACUAGCUGGCGAUGAGGAUGGCUACAUUGACUUGCAGUUCAAGAAAAGCCCUCCCAAAGUUCCCUACAAGGCUAUUGCCCUGGCUACGUUCCUCUUCCUGAUUGGCUCCUUACUGAUUGUAAUCGGUGCGCUUCUCCUUGCAGGAUCCAUAGAAGUUUCGCACCCGGACCGUACAGUUCCAGUCCUCAUCAUUGGGAUCCUUGUGUUCCUUCCUGGAUUCUACCAUUUACGAAUCGCCUACUACGCCUCCAAGGGUUACCGCGGAUACUCCUAUGACGACAUUCCAGACUUUGACGACUGAGCCACCUUUUUGCCCCUGUUAGCUGCAUGAGACUGUUUCAUUUACCUCGAGUAUCUCCCAGACUGAGAAACAGCAUCACCAAGUGGCUUAACUUUACUCUUUGUUUUAUUGCAUAUCACACGUGUGCAAUGCGACUGUGGCUUUGGCUUUAAACUUAACAGUAUUUAUUACUGAUAGAGUAUUUAAGAUAUGCAAGGCCUGUUAUAUAUUUGUCAUGACUAUCUGUUUGUAAUGCUCUCUAAAGAUGUGUGAUUGGUUGUAAAAGAGACUAUCCAGUUUACGUUACAGAUUUAUGAUAAUAAUAAAAUGAACUAUCCAAUGGCAUGGCUUUGUACAA